GGCCGGGAUCGGCAGUUCCAUGAGCAGGCGCUGCCCGCCGGCCGCCGCCUCGCUGCUGCGGGGGCUCGUAGGCCCCGCCGCCCUCUGCCUGGGCAGGAGAAUGAGCCUCUGUGGGGCGUCGGCCGCCUGUGCUGCAGGGCCUGCGGGUGGCGGUGAGAGCGGCGUGGGCGUCUCUUCAGCUCGGCUGAGCCCGCCGUGGCUGCGGCUGCCGGAGGUGCCGGGCGCGGAGCCGGAGCGGGCUAACGACCUGCUGCUGCUGCUGCCUCCGCCCGCCCCGCGCGGCCCGGCCCCCCCGCAGCAUCACGUUGUCUACUUCCCGGGGGACGUGCAGAACUAUCAUGACUUCAUGUCUCGCCACCCAGAAAACUGUCAGUGGGAACAGUGGAGUUUUGAAAAUAUUGCUACCAUACUUGCUCGCCGGUUCCCCAGUAGCUUUGUUUGGGUUGUGAAGUGUUCUCGAAUGCACCUGCACAAAUUCAGUUGUUACGAUAACUUUGUUGCCAGCAACAUGUUUGGAGCGCCAGAGCACAGCACUGACUUUGGAGCUUUCAGGCAUCUCCGUGCACUGCUAGUUAAUGCAUUCAGACUCUCUCAGAAUAUUAUGCUGUCCCAGAACAGUGUUCAUGGUGUCAGCAAGGAUGCAAAAAUAGCUGCUUGUAAACCACAGCCACAGUCUGUUCCUACAAUAAAUGACUGCUCAUCCACAGAAAGAGAGAGAGAUUGUGAAUGCUGUAAUAAUUCAGCUAUGAACUUCAUUAUACCGUCUGCUGUAGGUGCAGUGUCGUUUACUUUGAUUGGCUUCAGUAAAGGUUGUGUGGUUUUGAACCAGCUGCUUUAUGAGCUGAAGGAAGCUAAAAAAGACAAGAAUACAGAUGCCUUCUUAAAAAACAUAAAAGCAAUUUACUGGUUGGAUGGUGGUCACUCAGGAAGAAACAAUACGUGGGUUACUUGCCCUGAAGUGCUGAAAGAACUUGCACAGACAGGAAUUGAAGUUCAUGCUCAUGUUACACCAUACCAAGUGUUUGAUACAAUGAGGUCAUGGAUUGGGAGACAGCAUGAGAAAUUUGUACAGAUACUUGAAGAAUUUGGUGUGGAAAUAAAGGAUCAACUACAUUUUGCUGACGAUGUUCCCUCCUUAGAUAACCAUUUCAGAGUUCAUGAAGUAUUCUGAGACUGUAUGUAUCUGAAUAAUAUAUUGACACUUUUGACACUCUUAAAUGUUGUCAUCUAGAUUUACAGCUUUGGGCAGAUGCUUUCUGAAAAGAAUACUAAAUCAGUCCCACAUAGCUAUUAGAUACUAGAUAUAAAUAUCAGUAGCUUAAGAUGGAGGACUGGGACUUUGUACCUACAACAGAUGUUGUCAGGUGAUUCCUGGAAAAAGCGUUAUGAAGAACUGUCCUAUAUACGCUUUUUUGUUAAAUGUGAAUGUUUAUUCUCAAACUGUGGGCAGAAUUUUUAGCACUUGAUGUCUAACAUCAAAUACUGUCUUUAACAGGAGUUUAAAGUACUCAAAGACUCGUAUGUCUGGAUACUUAAAUUUAGUAGCUUUCAGGGCUAAAAGAUUUGGUCUUUGUCAACAACAGAUGUAAUGUUACUUUUUUUGCUUAAGGAAAAUUAUAAUUGGUAGACCAGUCUUAGUUACAGAUUUUGGUGAAAAUUGUUUUAAUUAGUUAAUUCAAUCUUCCAGUUUUGUAACAUUACUUUUAUGGAAAUGAAGUCACAAAUACUUAUCUUUGCAAUAAUAGUGUCAAUGCAUUUUUCUUCUUUAUGUGUGCCUUGCUUUUUCAGUUGCUGUAACGUUUCAUUUAUUCAUUGUGUAGCAUCUGCUAGUCAAUAGCCAUUUCUCUGGGGGGCUUGAAAAUUUUGACAUAGCUAUGUUAAGGUACCAAGAGUGUUGAUGAGGGUGUAGCUUAUUGCUGUUUCAACAUACGUUGCAAUUGCUUUGACUAAUUUCUAUAAGGACCAGCAGUAAUAUCUGUAUUUUCAAGUCAACAGGUAUCCUUAUCCCUGCCUUGGACUGUUGAGGAUUCUCUUCAUAAUUGCUGUCUUGAUGUUAAUCUAAAUUGAGCCAUAAAUACAAGUAUUACAAGUUGCUUACAGAUUUUCAGACUAGCUGUUUCAAAAUACUUUGUUUUUUAGAACUAUUAUCUCCUUUAAAUGUACUGCAGGAGGUGCUUCUUGAGCCACUCAAAAAUAAAUUUUCAGAGCCUAAUUUUUCUUAUUAAAAAAAAAAAAGGUCCCUCUAAUACAAAGCUGGACCAAUCAGAUACAAAAGAUGUAAUCUAGUUUUGGCCCCAAACCUGAAUGUUCUUCAGAAAGAAUUACUGAAAGGUGGACAAAUGAGGGUAUCCGUGGAACUUUUCUACUGUUGUAACUUUUCGAAUUUAUCUAUUAAUAGAUCUUACAAUCACUCUUAAAGACAACUGCAGCUAUUAACAGUGAACCAGUAGUUUAAAAUGGUUUCGUAUUUCCUGGAAGUACAAAAAUAAUUAAAAAAGGCAAGUUAGCAAAAUACUGUGAAGAUUACACAAAAAAAUGUGGCUCAGUUCUGAAAAAAUGAAUUUUAUUCAACUUUGUUCCUUUUUGAUGGCUUAGCAAUAUCUUCCCCCUGCUUCUUGUUUCCUAUGACUCUUACACUGUAGAAGGAAAGUCCUACUUCAUCUUUCUUCUAUUGACAUCAUUAAAACUUACAAGGUUCACUGGAGACAAUAUUUUCAUUACUCUUGCAGAGGUUGUGCACAUGUUAGUGACCUCUGAAGAAUGAGAAUUGUGUUGAGCUCUAAAUACUCCCAAUAUUAUGGAUAGUAGGAUUAUGCAUACAGUGGGCACUUUCCAAUGUGAAUGUUAACUCUGUUGCUAAUAGUAAGUAGACUAAUGUACCUAGUUGAUCAAAGGGGAAAUAAUCUCUUUUAAUUGAUGAAUAACAGUGCAACGUGCAAACUAGUUCCAACAUUUAAUAAAAGAAUCUAAAAUCCAGUUCCAUCAGCUUUUUUUUUUUCUAAAACUUCUCAGAGACUUUGUUCAACCCUGUUUAUUGAUUACCUUCUUAAUGUGCUUAUAACAAUGUUUAUGUGUUCCAGGGAAGGCUAUUUCCUUUUUUUUUUUUGUUGAUCCUUUUGAUAACACUUGCACCAUAUGCCUGGACUUUUUUCUGUAAAGGAGGUAUGGGUCACCUAACAAAGUGGUUUUAAUAGCCUAAAAAUUGCUUGAAAUAUAUCUGAUUAUCCACUUAGGAAAUAAAAGUUUAAGCAGCAAACACCCCAGAACACCCCACUGAUCUUGCUUCCUCUCAUUUCCAUUUCAGACUGACCAGACUUGCUGGAGUAUGCUAAAACUUGACCUAUCUCAUAGCAGUGCAGAUAACAGAACAAUUUCUAAACAGUCCUGUGCCAGCCAGAACAGCAGGAGUAGGUUGUUGCAAGCUUUUGGAAGCAGCUAUUAAAAUAUUGAUAUUGUCUUCAGAAGUUUCUGGAUGGCUUUCCUCUGAAACUAAUAUUAACCUGUUUGAUGGAGGCUGCUUACAAUAACUGUUAAAAAAGGUUUAAGUGUUGCUGUAUUAAUUUAAAGAAUAAACACUGUUGUAAAACUAA